CCUUACCGACUCCAUAUCGACCAGUUUUAUCCAAAACUAUAAGCACAUUUCCGAAAUAAUCGUUUGAGCCCAAAAACCCGACAGAAAAAAUGGCCCAACAAGGUGGACUUACGUCGUUCUUCAUGGGAAUUUAUAUGGACGAAUUUAAAUGGUCUGUGGUUAAGAGCAUAGCAAUAUUCGCUGUGGGUGUUAAAAUAGCACACGAGUGCCAAGGAAUUGAGCUGAUACCGUCCAACAUUUAAACGUUAAGUGUAUUCCUAGUAUGGAAUUUUGUUAGUCGAUAUGUGAUAAGUACAGCAGGAAGAAUUAACUAUAAAUUAAGUUCAUCAUUUGUUAGUUAAUAAACCUUUAAAACCACCGUUGUUGUGUUAUUUUAAAAUGUUGGUGUGCAGUACAUUAAUGUUUGCUGCAUUGUGUGCAGUCCCCAUAAACGCCCACCCCAACUUUGUCUUGUUGUUAACAGACGAUCAAGACUUGCUGUUAAAUGGACUGCUCCCAAUGAAAAACACAGUGAAAUUGAUAGGAAAUCAAGGCAAGACUUUCUUGAAUUCAUUUGUAAAUUCCCCAAUAUGUUGCCCAAGCAGAAGUACUUUAUUGACGGGGAAAUAUUCACAUAAUACAGGAGUCACCAACAAUUCAAUAUCAGGAAACUGUAGCAGCAAAUUAUGGCAAAAUAAUCAUGAGGUUUUAUCAAUCGCUUCUAUGUUAAAACAGCAGGCUAACUACGUGAAUUUUUACGCCGGAAAAUAUUUAAAUCAGUAUGGUUCAACAAAAGUGGGAGGCACUGAGCACGUCCCACAGGGCUACGACUGGUGGCUUGGCCUUAAGGGAAACUCCAAGUACUACAACUACACCCUCUCCAUAAAUGGCACAGCCAAAUUCUUCUCUAAUCAGUAUUUAACUGAUGUCAUUAGGGACUAUGCUUUGGACUUCCUAAAUGGUGUUAAAAGUGCACCAUUCUUUAUGACUUUGGCCACCCCAGCUUGUCACGCACCCUUUACACCUGCCGAAAGACACAAGGGGUUGUUCGUUAAUGAAACAGUUGUCAGGACACCCUCGUUUAACGCCACUCCAGCUAAUAAACACUGGUUGGUUCGCAUGGAACCAACCCACUUGCCUGAGGACGUGGCCGUUCUGGACGACAUACAAAGACGCAGGCUACAAACACUGGUUGCUGUGGAUGAGUUGGUCCAGCAAGUUCUUGAUAAACUUGAAGAAAUUGGCGUCUUGGACAACACUUAUUUAAUUUUUACCUCCGACAAUGGAUACCACAUUGGACAGUUUACCCAGCCCUGGGACAAACGCCAGCCCUACCAGACUGACGUUAAGGUGCCCUUCAUGAUCCGAGGUCCUAAUAUUCCGGGGAAGACCCUGACCAACUACCCAAUAUCGUUCGUGGAUGUUUUGCCCACAAUUUUAGACCUAGCAGGACUUCAAACUAGUACCAAGGUGGAUGGCCAGUCCUUUAAGCACGUGUUAUUCCAACGAGAUGAAAUAAAAUUCCAACGCAACGUUUUCAUUGAAUAUUACGGAGAGGGCAACAAAAAAUCAGUGUCCCAAGACUGCUCCAAAGGUUGGGGUGACUAUAACGAUUUAGCCGAAUGCAGCCCGGAAAGUUGGUGCAAGUGCCAAGACUCAAGGAACAACACGUACACGUGUGUGAUUCAAAUGUCCAACACUAAAAGCUUUAAGUUUUGCAAAUUUAAUGAUCAACUGAACUACACAGAAGCAUAUAAUUUAAGUGAUGAUCCGUACGAAUUGAUCAAUGUGGCUCAAAGUAUGAGCCCUGAAAAACUUCAGGACUUUAAUGAUGUGCUUCGAAAGUUUAAGCUGACCUUCUUUUAACACAAAUUCCACUGAUGAGAAGACAUCUAGAGAGUAAAAAGAAGGUGGAAUAAAGGGAUUGUUCCAGUUAAU